UUGGUAAGCCUGCCCUCAAAUGACGUCGUAAUUCUGCGACUGUUUAUAUGCGACACACCAUCAUGGCUCUGUUUCCAGCUUUUGCAGAAGUAGACAGUAACAAAGUAGAAGAUUCGUCUAAAGAAUUAGACUGGCUGAAAAAUAAGAGUUUUCAGACUGAAGAUGCCCUCUCUCUUCACAGCCGGUAUUUUGAGAAGACCGGUGAAAGGCUAAACAAAAAGGAAUCAAGUGUUGGCAGAGAGGUGAGCUCUGAGGAGGUGGAGAAGGAAGAGGGAGAAGAGGGUAAUGUGCCACCAAAAAAGAAGAAAAAGAAGAGUGAAAAAAAGAGGAAAAAGAAGAAAAAACACAAAAAGAAGAGUGGGAGGUAUUCGGACAGCAGUGGGUCUGACUCUGAAACCAUUUACCCCAGUGACCUCAAAAGGGAAGAAGAGGCAGACGGGCCACGUGCUGCUCCGUUAGCAAGUCGAUUCUCCUGGUUGGAUGACCUCCAGACGCCCACAGAGCAGCCGUUCUGUGUGGACCGUAAAGCAGACUCAGCCAACUGGACAUACAAGUCCCUGUACAGAGGAGAUGUAGCCAGGUAUAAGAGGAAAGGCAUCUCGUCCUUGGGUCUGGACCCUCGCAGACAAGGAGUCAGCUGGGAGGAGUCAGAGUCAAACAAGAAACAGAAAGGCGGGGACAAGAAGAAAGCAGCAGACAGAUACUUCUCUACAGCCAGUCGCCAGCUGCUGAGGUCCGAGCCACCUGUUCCUACAUUACCAACGAUUCCUGAGUGUGAUGAUGCCAUCAGCUCCACCUCCUUCCUCCCACUGGGUAACGAUGAGGAGAACAAAGGAGGUGACAGAGUGCAGACGUCAUCAGUAAAUCCCCUCGGUGUGUAUGACUCCUCAACGGCCCUCUGGCUGCAGGGGAAGGGACAGCCGGAGCAGGCAGAGCAGCAGAAGCAGGACUUGCGGACAGGGCAGGGUGCUGCGCUUUUGGCCGGAAGGACUGAAGAGUUUAACAGGCGGCUCAGAGAGCAGCCAUCAGACACACAGCUAUGGAUAAAAUUCAUAAGAUACCAAGAUGAGCUGAGUGCAACAGUGUUUGGAGGUGAGGAGGAGCAACAAGGUAGCGAUUCGGCUGAGCGUCAUAAAUCCUCCCACCGAGCAGUCCUGGAGAAAAAGCUGAGCAUUACAGAGCGUGCAGUGGCCACCAACCCCAGCUGCAUAGCUCUGCAGCGGGAGAGGCUCAGGAUCUGCCAAGAGCUCUGGGAGCCCUCACUUCUGGCUAAGGAAUGGAAGAAACUGGUGUUCCUCCACCCAAACAGUGCCCCCUUGUGGAGGGAGUAUCUGCUGUUCACCCAGAGCUACUUCAGCAACUUCACUGUGUCCAAGGUCAACUCUGCGUACGGGAAGUGUCUAAGCACUCUCAGUGCUGUGCGUGAUGGCAGCAUGGUCUCUCACCCAGCCCUACCAGGGAUAGAGGAGGAUAUGUUGGAUAUCUUCACCCAGCAGUGUCAUUUCCUGCGUCAGUCUGGUCACUCAGAGAAGGCGAUUUCUCUGUUUCAGGCCAUGAUCGACUUUACUUUCUACAAACCUGACAGCGUACGACAACUGUCCACCAAGCAGCAGGCUGAGUUCUUUGAGCCAUUCUGGGACAGUGGGGAAGCCAGGGUCGGAGAGUUGGGGGCCAGAGGUUGGAAAGCCUGGAUGCUCCAACAAGAGCGAGGAGGGUGGCUACAGCCCAGUCCAGAGGAAGAAGAGGAGGAGGAAGAGGACGAGGAGGAGGUGAAGGAUCGGAGCCAGCCCAGAUGGACAGUCUGGUUGAAUGUGGAGCCAUCUCGUGAAGCAACUCACUGGCUGCCCUGGAGGCCUGACAAAGCAAAGGGCCAAUCAGAAGAGGACUGUGAGGACCCGGACAGACAGGUGUUAUUUGAUGACAUCGGCCCUUCCCUAAUUUGUCUGUCUUCACCAGAGCUCCAGCUCCGUCUUCUUCUCCAUUUCUUGUCAUUCCUGGGUUUGCCCGUAGACCCUGUGCUCUCUGCUACCCCCUGUCAGCCUAGCCUGCUGCUGGAGAACCUCUCUCUGCUCACUCAGGGAAAUGAGCCCCGGCGUCCUCUGACCUCCCACGACCUACCUGACCCCGGGGUUAACUCGGUAGGUCACAUGACCACUCUCCAGGGAACAAGGAAGUGGGUGGGGCUUGGGAAGCAGGGCGAGAUGUUUGUCACCAACGUGUUCAAUAUGGUCCAACCUGUCCUUCCUGCCCACCAUCGAGCCGCCCUGUCUCUCAGCUGGAUGCAGUACGAGAAACUCAAGGUCUUGCGCUGCUUGCGUGGCAGCAACAAAAAGCGUCUUCGCUCUCAAGGCAAGAGCAGCAAGCGGGUUGCCAAGCAACUGCUCAAAGAACCCGACAACCGCUCGUCGUUGGUGCUGUGGCGGGAGUACGCCCACCUGGAGUGGAUGUUAGGCAACCUUGACGAGGCUCGCAAAGUCUUCUCCACAGCCACGGCAAUGGGGGGAACCAAAGGGCCGAGGAGUCCCCAUCUCUGUGAGCUGUGUCUGCUGUGGGCCCAGCUGGAGGUGGAGGACGGGGAAAUUGUGCGAGGAGGAGGACUAACUGAUGUCACCAUGUCCCCAUCCGUGUCCGUACUAACCAGGCUAGCCGAGGGAACCUCUUCAUCCUCCCAGCCCCUCUCUCCGGUUUCCAUCCUGAAAGCCAGGAGGUUGUAUGAACAGGCUCUGAUGGCCAGCUUGUCAGCUUUGGACCAGAACCCCCACAACCCUCAGGCCAACAGAAAAGGUCAAGAGGACUUGUUAGGAGAGAAGCCGAGGCUGAGAGGCCUGGUAGGCUGCUACGCUCUGUUCCAGUACCUCACAAUGGGCAUCGAAGCAGCCAACUCUGUCUACAGCCAGGCUAGAGAAAGGAUAGAGGAGCUGCACCGCACACUAAUACUUGACAAGCAGCUUAACAGUAAUGAGCAAAGUACUGACGCUAGCCACUCUGCAGCGGAUUUCAGCCAUACGUACUAUGUUAACAGACUAGCCUCUGAGUGUGAGGCAUUAGCACUGCAGCAGGUAGUGUUGCUGAGGUACCACAACAGCAUCAGUGUGUUUCCACUGGCAACACUGAGACAGACACUGACCUCUGCCCUCUCCACCUGGCCCAGCAGUGCCCCACUCUGGAGCAUAUAUGUACAGGUGGAGAACCGUUACCAUAGUGCUGGCCGAGCACGUCGCUUUUUUCACUCUGUAACCAGGGACAACAGCAGUGUUGUGCCACGCCUCUUUGCCAUUGUUGCAGAACAACAAAGGAAGCAGCUGGUGGACGCUGCUCAGAGAUCUUGUUGCCAUGACGCUGCCUUGCCUAUCCUGCCAGAGAAUGGCCUCAGCAACCGUAUCCGUAGACUGUUUGAAAGCACCAUAGCAACAGAGAUGGGCUCUCACUGUCCUUUACUUUGGAGGAUGUACAUGCACUUCCUGGUGUCAGAAGGAAAGGUGGAUAAAGCCACAGGGAUCUUCUACAAGGCCUUACAGAAUAUCCCCUGGGCUAAGGGUUUGUACAUGGAUGGAGUGCAGCUGUUCCCUGAGCAUCUGCAGGAGUUUGUAGAUCUGAUGACAGAGAAAGAACUCCGAGUCAGGCUGCCUUUGGAAGAACUGGAUAUACUACUGGAGGACUGAACACGCACACACACACACACACAUCUCAUUCAAGAACUGGAGUUUGCUUUAAUGGCAACAUGCCAACCCACAUAUUAGCACACUUAAUGGAAGAAGAGGAGACGCGUGCAAACUCAGAUGCUUUCACACACAGCUGCAGUUUAAACAGUAAAGUUGCAGUGAUCAUAUCUAAAGAUGGGCAAGGAACCACUCUUACAUCCUGUACAUUAUAUUAGAUGUUUUAUUUUCACAGCAGAUAACUAGGACUGUGUUUUAGUACCAGACAUUGUUAAUAAAUAUGAUUCUCAGUAA